AUGAAAACCAAUAAGAAAAUUUCUAAAAGAAGAAGCCUGAAAAAUCUCCAUGGUGCCUUAAAAGGACUAUUGAAAGAGUCCGGCAAGAAGAGUGAGUCCAAAAUACGAAAACAUAGCGAUUGCAAUCCUGUUCAUCGAGUAUAUCCGCCAAAUAUCGAAAAACGGAAGACCAAAAAGGACGAUGGAAUUUCACGGCCAAUUGCUGAAAGAAAUGGUCAUGUGUAUAUAAUGUCCAAGGAAAACCACAUCAUCCCUAAACUAACCGAUGAUGAAGUCAUGGAGCGCCACAAACUAGCAGACGAAAACAUGAGAAAAGUGUGGUCCAACAUCAUAAGCAAAUACGAGUCUAUUGAAGAACAAGGAGACCUCGUAGACCUGAAAACUGGUGAAAUAGUUGAAGAUAAUGGGCAUAUCAAGACGCUGACGGCCAACAACAGCACGAAAGAUAAAAGAACAAAAUACACAAGCGUGCUCAGAGACAUUAUCGACAUCAGCGACGAGGAAGAUGGUGAUAAAAAUGAUGAAUAUACUCUUUGGGCUAACGAUAGCGAGGCAAGCGAUUCAGAGGUGGAUGCUGACAACGACACUGAAGAGGAAAAAGACGAGAAAUUGAUAGACGCAGAUUUCAAGAAGUACGAGGCCAAACUCUCGAAAAGGAUAUUACGAGAUUAA